CAAUCAUUAAAACAUUUCUCAAAGACUCAUAGCUACCACCAACAGUUACCUUAUUCCUACACCACCCUUUCUCUUCAUAUUCACUAACUUGUGAAAGUUCUAAAUUCCCACCAAUGAUGAACUUCCAAGCUUGUUCAACUACAAUCUCAAAGUUGUUUUGUGUUUGUGUGCUUCUUGUACCAACCAUGGUCUCAUGUGAGUGCACAUGUGACACAGAAGAAGUCAAAAGGAGUGAACCAAUUGAAGUUCUUCAUUACAAAAUUGGCUCAAUCGCUUCUGUUCUUGUUUCUGGUGCUCUUGGAGUGAGUCUACCAUUGUUGAGCAAGAGAAUCCCAACUUUGAACCCCAAAAAUGAUAUAUUUUUCAUGGUUAAAGCCUUUGCAGCUGGUGUGAUUCUUGCAACUGGGUUCAUUCAUAUACUGCCUGAGGCAUUUGAAAGCUUAACUUCACCUUGUCUUAAGGAAAAUCCAUGGGGGAAAUUCCCCUUUACUGGAUUUGUUGCCAUGCUGUCCUCUAUUGGAACCUUAAUGGUUGAUUCGUUUGCCACUGGGUAUUAUCAUAGGCAACAUUUUAACUCAUCAAAGCAAGUUCCUGCUGAUGAAGAAUUGGGAGAUGAACAUGUUGGUCACAUACAUGUUCAUACUCAUGCCUCACAUGGUCAUGCUCAUGGAUCAGCUACCUCUUCUGAGAGUUCAAUAACAUCUGAAUUAAUUAGGCAGCGCAUCAUAUCACAAGUGUUGGAGAUAGGAAUAGUGGUCCAUUCAGUGAUCAUUGGAAUAUCUUUGGGAACUGCAGGGAGCAUUGAUACCAUAAAGCCUCUCCUAGCGGCCUUGUCUUUCCAUCAAUUUUUUGAGGGGAUGGGGCUUGGUGGUUGCAUAUCUCAGGCAAAAUUUGAGUCCAGGUCAACAGCAAUUAUGGCGACCUUUUUCUCCCUGACAACUCCAAUUGGGAUAGCAAUUGGAAUGGGAGUGUCAAGUGUGUACAAAGAGAAUAGCCCAACUGCUCUAAUUGUUGAAGGGGUUUUCAAUUCUGCAUCUUCUGGAAUUUUGAUUUACAUGGCAUUAGUAGACCUUCUAGCAGCAGAUUUUAUGAACCCAAGGUUGCAGAACAAUUUGAAGCUCCAUCUUGGAGCAAAUAUUUCCCUUCUUUUGGGUGCAGGUUGCAUGUCUCUAUUAGCCAAAUGGGCUUAA